GUGCGACUGGCGCGGGUGGGGGACCAACAAGAGAAAAAUGCCCGCGACCGGAUUGUCGUUGAAAUGCCCCACAGUGUCUCCGGAGUGAGGCUUUCCAAUUCUAACAACGUCCCUGGAGUCAGCGCCUUUGCCUCUCUCCCUGUCACUCAGCUACCGCGGGGUUGUUUCUUCUCCGUUGCCCCUUCCUUGCCUUUCCUCUUGGUACGCCCCCGCCCAGUCGAGGAGAGGCCGGGCGGCCGCCCGCGUGGCCACUGCGCAUGCGAAUCCCACGGCGAGGGUGGGGGUGGGUGAGUGGGAGCACGGACCCCGCCCCUUCGCUGCUCCACGCGUGACGUCGCGGGGGGCGCCGGCCUCCGCCCGGCUCCGAGCGCAGGCUCUCCGUGGAGGCCCGGACCCCUCUCCUCCCCAUGGGCAGCUGCCAGGCAGGGCACAACCUGCAUCUCUGUCUCGCCCACCACCCACCUCUGGUCUGUGCCACUUUGAUCCUGCUGCUUCUUGGCCUUUCAGGCCUGGGCCUUGGCAGCUUCCUCCUCACCCACAGGACUGGCCUGCGCAGCCCUGACAUCCCUCAGGACUGGGUCUCUUUCCUGAGAUCUUUUGGCCAGCUGACCCUGUGCCCCGUGAAUGGGACAGCCGCACGGAAGUCGCGUGGAUCUCACGUUGUAGGCUUACUGACCACCUUGAACUUCGGAGAUGGUCCAGACAGGAACAAGACCCAGACAUUCGAAACCCAGGUCCUGGGUAGUCAUAUUGGAUUGAAAGGAUCCUCUGCAACAGAGCUGGUCCUCAUUACAGCCAGGGUGACCGCAGAGAGGACCCCAGGAACCUGCCUGUAUUUUAGUGCUGCCCCAGGAAUCCUGCCCGCCAGCCAGCCCCCCAUAUCCUGCUCAGAGGAGGGAGCAGGAAAUGCCACCUUGAAUUCUAGGAUGGCUGAGGAGUGUGUCAGGGUCUGGAGCCACGAAGGCCUCGUGCUCACCAAGCUGCUCACGUCGGAGGAGCUGGCUCUGUGUGGCUCCAGACUGUUUGUUUUGGGCUCCUUCCUGCUUCUCUUCUGUGGCCUUCUCUGCUGUCUCACUGCUGUGUGCUUUCACCCGCGCCGGGAAUCCCACUGGUCUAGAACCCGGCUCUGAGGGCGCUGGCCUAGUUCCCAACUUGUUCUCAGGUGUGAAUCAACUCCUCUGGCCUUUGUUCUGAGUUCGAAGAGAUGUUACAAAAAAUGGAGAGCUGGAAAGUGGGGGGAAAUAAAAGGCUUUUUU